AUGGGGACCAUGUCCAGAACAACCCUGGUUCUGGCCUGUUUGGCUGUCAUUUCUGCAGCCUCAGAGGAAGGCCCCAAGGCUUCAGGACAGAAAGUACUGCAUCCACAGCACUUCGUCCAGAACCCUGAAGAAGUUGGCUACGCGGCACCUCCCUCCCCACCCCUGACCCAGAACCUCCCCAGGGACCACCCUGACUCAACUCAGCAUGGCUUUCACUUUGAGGGACAGAGAGAAGGUAAGUCCCUACCACACACCUCUCUGGUACCCCUCCAAAAGGAACUGCCACCUCCCCAACUCCAGAUUGAACAAAGAGAGGAAAAGCCAGUUUCCUUCUCCAGACAGAAUCUAGAGCCUGAGUCUUCGAAACCAGCCGCACACUGCCAGCGAGGUCGACCCCGAGGAGGCUGGGCCCACCGGCUGGAUGGCUUCCCCCCUGGGCGACCUUCUCAAGACAACCUGGACCAGAUCUGCCUCCCUGACCGGCAGCACGUGGUGUACGGCCCCUGGAACCUGCCCCAGAGUGGCUUCUCCCACCUUACCCGCCAGGGGGAUGCCCUUAAUUUGCUGGAGACUGGAUAUUACCGCUGCUGCCGCUGCCGCAACCACUCAAACCGCCUAGACUGUACAAAGCUUGUGUGGGAGGAUGCAAUGACCCAGUUCUGUGAGGCUGAGAUCUCGGUCAAGACCCGAGUCCACUACUGCUGCAAACAGCAGGGAGAGGCUCGGUUCUCCUGCUUCCAAAAGGAAGCCCCCCAGCCACACUACCAGCUCCGGGCCUGCCCUAGCCAACAGCCUGGUGUAACUUCGGGGCCCAAGCUGCCAUUCCCCCCGGGGGUCCCCACACUGGACAAUGUCAAGAACAUCUGCCGUCUGCGACGCUUCCGCUCUGUGCCACACAACCUGCUGGCCACCGACCCCAUCGAAAGGCAGCUGCAGGCGCUCACCCAGCUGGAGGGGGAGUUCAAGCGCUGCUGCCUUCAGGGGGACAACCACACCUGUGCUCAGAAGGCUUGGGAGGACACCCUCGAUACAUACUGUACCAAGGAGCAGGGUGUGAAGACCCACCACCACUUGUGUUGCCACCACCCACCGAGCCCUGCCCGUGAUGAGUGCUUUGCUCAUCAAGCUCCGUACCCCAACUAUGACCGGGACAUCUUGACCAUUGACCUCAGCCGGGUCACACCCAACCUCAUGGACCAUCUCUGUGGAAACCAAAAAGUUCUCAGCAAGCAUAAACAGAUUCCUGGGCUGAUUCGCAACAUGACCGCACGAUGCUGUGACCUGCCUUUUCCAGAGCAAGCCUGCUGUGCCGAGGAGGAAAAAUCAACUUUCAUUGAUGGCCUGUGUGGUCCCCGACGGAACUCCUGGCGCGACCCUGCCCUCUGCUGUGCCCUGAGCCCAGGGGAUGAACAGAUCAACUGCUUCAAUAUCCAUUAUCUGAGGAAUGUGGCUGUAGUGGUUGGAGACACUGGGGAUGCCAACGACCAGGGGGAGCAGGACCCGACUCAGGAAACAAAUGUCAGCCCCACCCCAGAGCCUGAAGAGAAUGAGUCACCCUAG